CAAACGAUCUUCGUCUUCUUCUUCCUCUUUCUGUGUGUUAUGGCUCUGAAAGUGUACACAACAAAUCUUGGAACAUAUCAAUGGAACCCAACACCCACAUUCUCACCAAUAUUCACUCCAACAACCCUCCGCUACAAAAGUCCAAAGCUUUUAGAGUUCUCUCGCAGUAGAAGAGAUGUUUCUGUUCGUGGGUCAAAUCUGGUGGACGAACAGCAACAAAUUGCAUUCACUGAACCAGAAAACAAGCUCAUUGAAUCGCUUAUUGGGAUCCAAGGCCGAGGCCGCUCUGCUUCUCCUCAGCAACUCACUGAUGUUGAGCGUGCCGUGCAAGUUCUGGAAGGUUUAGAAGGUGUGCCUGAACCGACAAGCUCUAGUUUGAUUGAAGGUCGAUGGCAGUUAAUGUUUACAACAAGACCUCAAACAGCAUCUCCAAUUCAGAGAACAUUUGUGGGGGUUGACUUCUUCAGCGUGUUUCAAGAGAUUUAUCUUCAGACAAAUGAUCCACGUGUAUCCAAUAUCAUAAAGUUUUCUGAUGCAAUAGGUGAGCUAAAAGUAGAGGCAGCAGCAUCAAUUAAAGAUGGUAAACGAAUACUAUUCCAGUUUGAUCGAGCAGCCUUUUCGUUUAGAUUUUUACCAUUUAAGGUUCCAUAUCCAGUGCCAUUUAGGCUUCUAGGAGAUGAGGCAAAGGGUUGGUUAGACACCACAUACUUGUCCCCUUCUGGAGACCUUCGUAUCUCAAGAGGAAAUAAGGGCACCACAUUUGUCCUGCAAAAGAAAACUGAACCAAGGCAAAGAUUGCUAUCAGCCAUUUCCACGGGUGCAGGAAUUAGAGAGGCAAUCGAUGAGCUUAUCUCCUUGCAACAAAAUCUAAAUAGAGACGAAAAAGAACUACAAGAGGGUGAAUGGGCAAUGAUAUGGAGUUCACAGGUAGAGACAGAUAGUUGGUUAGAGAAUGCUGGCAAUGGGCUUAUGGGCAUUCAGAUUGUCAAGAAUGGACAAAUAAAGUUUGUGGUCGACAUCUUGCUGGGGGUCAGAUUCUCCAUGAUUGGAAGAUUUGUGAAAUCUGGCAACAACAUAUAUGAAAUUACAAUGGAUGAUGCAGCAAUAAUUGGAGGCCCAUUUGGAUAUCCUAUUGAGAUGGAAAGGAAGUUUAACCUGGAGCUACUAUAUGAUGAUGAUAAGAUCAGAAUCACCCGGGGCUAUAAUAAUAUUAUUUUUGUGCAUUUGAGGAUGGAGGGAUCAAAGCAGAAAUAAAACGCUGUUGGAUUGACAAAAAGAAUUUAUAAUCAUUUGCUUUGUACAUCUACUGUCCAUAAAUGGAUUUCUUGCCUCUGAAGAAAGAAAUAUUAGAGUAAAAAUAUUUGUUCUUACUGCCUGUCCA